UAGUUCUAGAGGAUAGCCCAGUUCGGAGAUGAUUAUACUUUAACGAGCACAGUGAAAGAAUGUCAAAAGCUUCAAAACAACUCAUACUGACGUGUUAUCUUUGGCAACUGACUGAUGUGGAAGAGCAUCCGCACCUUAUGCACCUGCGUGACAGAAUGUCGAGAAAAUCCUUUUCAGUGAAUCCAUUCAUUCACACAUUCUAAGCGUUGCCUGCACCUGCUUACUCACUCCUCCAGACGUCUCUUCACCAAUUUAGCCGUGUAUGUGUAUUGUAGUAUAGGUGCAAGUUGGCGUUGCUGCUGAUCGAGUCUGUUAAGAUUGUGUACGUUUUUCUUAGCGCACGCAAUUACGCAAGCAGCAACUGUCCCUUUUCUCUUCAUGCCUUCGUUAGUUGCGCUUUAGUAAUGGGCUGCGGAAGCACCAAGGUGCUGCCAGAAAGCUCGGUUAAAAACGGUUACGUGAGCUUCGUGAAGUCGGUAGUGGGCUACAGUCACAAAAGAAAAGAGUUAGACGAUGAGCUACAGAAGUGUAAAGGGACGCAGAAAAACGUUUGGAGUGUUGUUCAGAGCAGUGGAGUUACGGGUACACAGGCGCCGUCACGCGUUCUACUGCCGACGGGCCCGGAUGGGCAGAGGCACAAAAAAGUGGCCAAGUACAAGGCGAAGUUUGACCCCAGAGUCACAGCAAGGUAUGAUAUCAAGGCCCUGAUCGGUAGGGGGAGCUUCAGCCGGGUAGUACGCGUCGAACACAGAGCCACCCGCCAACCCUUCGCCAUCAAGAUGAUAGAGGUGGAGGCCAGGGAAGGGCGAGAGGUGUGUGACUCGGAGCUGGGGGUGCUACGCAGGGUCAGCCACCUCAAUGUGGUACAGCUGGUGGAGGUGUUCCAGUCGCCCCAGAGGGUCUACAUGGUUCUGGAACUGGCCACAGGCGGGGAGCUGUUCGACCGUGUCAUCGCUAAGGGCCACUUCACCGAGCGUGAUGCCACCAGAGCCCUGCAGAUGACUUUAGCCGGGGUGGGGUAUCUUCAUUCUCUGGGCAUCACACACAGGGACCUGAAACCUGAGAAUCUGUUGUACUACCACCCUGGAGCCGACUCACGCCUGCUGGUGACUGACUUUGGACUGGCCAGCUUUGGGAACAGGGACCCUGGAGGGGGUAAGGAUGGAGGUGGGGAUGGUGUGGGCAGUGGAAGUGGAGAUAGUGGAGUUGGAAGAGGCAGUGGAAGGGGUGCAAGUCUGGGUGGAGUUCCAGGUGGUAAGGUAGCAAAUAGGGAUGGUAAGGAAAGCUGUGAUAGAAGGGAUGGAAAAGGAAGUGGAAGAGAUGGAAGAGGGGAUGGAGGAGGUGGCGGUAGAAGAGACUGGUCCAUGACGACCACUUGUGGGACACCAGAGUACAUGGCCCCAGAGGUGGUCUUGAGGUUGCCCUACUCCUGCCAGGUGGACAUGUGGGCCCUAGGGGUCAUAGCCUACAUCCUACUCAGUGGCUCCAUGCCCUUCGAGGACGACAGCCGGCCCAGACUCUACAGAGCCAUCCUCAGGGGAAGGUACAGCUUCCACGGAGAGCCCUGGCCCUCUGUUUCCAACCUGGCUAAGGACUUCAUUGAGCGCCUCCUAGGGGUGGACCCUUCAUCUCGCCUCACCGCCAUCCAGGCCCUCCACCACCCCUGGGUGGUCACCAUGUCAGCAAGCUCCUCAUCCAUGACCAACCUGCAUCGCUCCAUCUCCCAGAACCUCCGGCGGCGGGCAUCUCGGGCCUCCGUACCCUCCUCCUCGUCAUCCUCCCGACGCCCCAGCAGCACAGGGUCCGGGGCCAGCCACAGUCGAUCUACACAUCUGCUGGAGAAGAAGCAAACCCAGAGACCCACCACCCAGAAACAGAGACGACAGCCAGGGAACCAGGCUACGACCCAGUCUCUAAGACCCACCUCCCAGCCCAACAAGCCCCCUGAGCAGGUUCAGCCAGCGUGCUCCACCACCACCACCCAGCCAGGGUCGCCCUGACAAAAACCCAGUCACAGUCAGGCUAACAUCAGCAGCACCACAGCUGUUCAGGCUAAGUCUGCUGUCUUGCUGCUGCAGACAUCGGCGUGUCUCCCAAAUGGCACUCUAUUCCCUAUUUAGUGCAUUACUUUUGACCAGUGGUGUCUGUGGAUCAGGCUGAAAGCUUUAGCCUGUUCUGUUGCUGCCACUCUGUCUUAGUUACAGACCCAUGCUCAGCUAUACACUCUGAUCCCACUCAGGCUACCUCAACACUUGGUUGCUCACAAACACGCCACACAGACUGAGGCUUUUCCUAAGACAGUACCAGCUCCAACCCCAGCAGAGAUGAUCAGACUUUGCCUUAAAGAAUAGGCAAAACAUCGGAUCAUUUUUAAGGUGUCGUAUAAGUGAAUCUCUAGUACAGGCCCUAUUUUCUUUCAGGAAAGUAAAGGGUUAAGUAAAUAGGUGUGAGUGAAACUCUGCGAGAUGAGGCUUGACAGGCAGGGGUACGCUACCUCUUGAAACACCCAGCUCUGUAAUAGUGUAAUAAACUAUCAUCAAUAUUUAAAUUGAGUACCUGAAAACUUUAUUUCAAAUCCAAAACGUUCUAGGAAAAGGCUAUGCGGAGAGGAAAACAAAAAUAAAAUCAAAGUUUGAAAGUGCAUCAAAAUGCAAAUAGGAUGGGAAGAAUAAUUGCUCCAUUUCAUCUGGCAUUAUCACAAAUUAUAUUCAUGAUUUUUUUGUGUUUUGUAUUAAUCUUGGUGAUUCAUGUUCUCAGUUGAAGAUGACUUGGGGUAUGUGCUUAAUGGCACUCUAUUCCCUAUAUUGUGCACUACUUUUGACCAGAGCCCUAUGGUUCCAGUGCACUAUAAAGGGAAUAAGGGUGCCAUAAGGGAUUCAGACUUGCUGUCUGACUUACUUGGCUAGUUACCACUUUGGAGAGGAGAAGAGACAGUAUAACUUAUAGAGGACAAUGGGUCCUCACUGAUGCUGGUUCAAUGGUGGAGUCAGAUGUAACAUAUAGCCUAUUUGUGUGGAAAGGCCUCACUACACCACCUCUUUACCCCAGUGAAUGGUUGUAAAUAUAAGUAUGAAAUCUAAUCUGCCUGCAUGUUUGUUUUCUUAGUGUCUGCAUCCUUUUUCUCAUUCUGACGUAAGGUGAAAUAAACUGUAUAUUACUCCAACAA